AUGUCAAACGCGGUUGGAGGAAAAAAGUACGAACUUCACGAAUCAUGGGGUGAGUCUUGUGGAGAUGUGAAGCGACCAGUGCUCUGCAUCGUAGAUAUCUUCUCUGGAGCAGUCACCGCACUUGACCAAAUUCCUCUGGGAAUAUCGCCGUCCUUUAUAACAUUCUUUUAUGGAAUAGUUUUGAAAACUCGGAGUUCUUUGAAGGCAAUCUGGGCACCAGAUGAUGCUGGGAUUGUGUUUUUCGGUCUGCGUGAAGAGCCAUUCAAACUGGGGAGAAUAGCUUGCAAUAACAGACCUGGUGCUAUGUACUACUUCGAAUUGAGUUCUGCAAAAAUUCACGUAAUUGGAAAUGAAAAUAUCGCUGCAGAGCAUCCUACGUUUUCUCCGGACGGCAAGACUUUAGUGUUUUUUCAACGUCCUGCCGACGGACCACAUCAAGCUGUGAUGGAGUGUGUGAAGGUACCGUGGCCAUACGAUGGAUCUGCUCCAGUCAUCGUUGUACCGACGGUGCAAAAAGUUGAUCGUCCCGGUCAAUUUCCUGGUCUGUCGUUCAUUCAGAUGUCGCAGCGAAGCUGGACUGCAGAUGGAAGUCGCUUGAUUAUUGGUACAGCCUGGGGAAGCAAAAUGGAACUGGUAGCAGUGGAUGUGGACAACGGUGAUGUUGCCAAGCUGACAAAUCACUGUCAGUGCCAUGGAAGUUGGCAAGUUGCGGACAUAUGCGAAGACGAGAUCCUGGCUGUAGUUUCUGCUCCGAAUCGACCACCUGCUUUACUGCUCGGGAAAAUUCCAGCCAAAGGUCAGGAAGACACGGUAAGCUGUCAAGAGGGAACCGCUAUUUUUUUUAGAGCCACAUAUCACAUUGUCUGGGCCAGACUUGACAAUUACUCAAUAAUUGAGAAACGGAAAAAUCUUUUGAACUAUUCAUGGCAACUUAUGGGCUUCCAACGUGAAGGUGAGACGCCAUAUGAGGGGGUCCUCAUGAUGCCGAACGAGGGCAGCUCUCUACCAUUGGUUGUUUGUCCCCAUGGUGGUCCGCACGGAUUGUCGAUCGUUGGAUGGCCCCGUCGCAGUGUGACUUCAUUGAUCAACUCUGGAUUUGCAUUUUUGUACGUCAAUUAUCAUGGUUCGCUUGGUUUUGGAGAUGACUUUGUUCGGUCUUUGCCCGGUAAGUGCGGCGACCUGGACGUCAAGGAUGUACAUCAUGCCGUACUCACAGUGUUGGAUGCGGAACCGCGCCUCAGUCGAGAUUCUGUUGUAUUAUACGGUGCAUCACAUGGAGGAUUUUUGGUAUCGCAUCUCAUCGGACAGUACCCAGGUUUCUACAAGUCCUGCGUUGCACACAAUCCAGUACUCAACAUGGUUGCUAUGCACGAUAUCACAGAUAUACCAGAAUGGACUUUGGUUGAAGGGACGGGAGAAAUCGGUGACUGGACCAAAGUUGUGACUGAAGAGCAGCAAAAAAUGAUGUUCAACAGUUCACCUAUCGUUCAUGUAGAGAAGGUUGUCACCCCAUAUCUGCUUCUCAUCGGUGAGAAGGAUCUGCGCGUACCUCCUCACUAUCGCGCCUUCGUACGGAAUCUUUUGGCCAGGGGAAUCCCGUGCAAAGUUCUCACCUACCCUUCAUCUGCACAUCCAAUCGACGAAGUGGAUGCCGACGCGGAUGCAUCCAUCAACCUCAUCAGAUGGUUUCAGAAGGCUUUCAAAUGA